AUGUCGCUCCUUCGGGAUGCUCAACAACUAUCUCUCUAUUUUGGUCUCUCUCUACUUGUAUUCGGUAUAAUUGGAAAUGGAAUUAAUAUUCUCGUCUUUACUAAAGUGCGUAUUUAUCGAAUCAAUCCCUGUACAUUCUAUUUUCUCAUGGGUUCAAUUGACAAUCUCUUCUAUAUUUGUCUUAAUCUUACAAUUCGACUUUUGACUGAUAGUUAUGGAGUUGAUAUCUAUGGAGGUUCUGAUAUUUGGUGUAAAAUACGACAAUUUUGUCUACCAGUUCCUGCUCUUAUCUCCAUCACUUUUUCAUGUUUGGCUACCAUUGAUCAAUUUUUCGUCACAUCAAAGAUUAACUUCCUUCGAAAUUGUAGUCAAAUUAAAUGGGCACAUCGAAUAUCGAUCAUUGUUAUCAUUUUCUUCUCUCUCUAUGGUACUCAUGCUUUCUUUCUCUAUCGAAUACUACCUGUAAGUCAAACUUGUGAGAGUGAUGAUCCAGCAUUUUCUAUUUAUGUACCGAUUUAUUUACUUGGUGUUAUCUGUGCAAUACCUGUUAGCAUCAUGACACUAUUUGGACUGUUGACGUAUCGUAAUAUUCGCCAAACGAUACGCCUUGCUGAGUUACACUACGAUCGUCAAUUGAUACGAAUGACAUUGAUUCAUAUUGCACUUGUUGCUAUUAGUUUAGUGCCAUAUGGUGUUACAAAAGCGUAUGCAUUAAUCACAUCUAGUAUUACGAAAGAUUCAGAUCAGCAAAUGAAAGAAUAUUUUGCUACUACGAUAGUUACUUUAGGAACUUAUUUCUAUUAUGUGGUAUGUUAA